UUAUCACACAUUUAUUCGGGGUUUUACUCGAUCAGGACAACCGAGAAAAUUCAACGACAGCUUCUGGAUACUGCUCUGCUGCGGACAAUAAAAAGGACGGUAGGAGUAUGGUAUAUACAUAUAAAAGAUGAAAAAUACCACGUCGUUUCAUUUGCUUCUAAUCCAGUUUACCCUUUUCCAUUGACAAUGAGGUAUGAGUGACCUUCUUAUUACAACUGCGGUUUUAUAGUUACAGAAUAGUUAGUGAUUGUACUUACAGUACUAAUCAUUGUUAAGCGUCGGAGUUGCAGAAGAGGUUCUCACGUAUAACGGGGUGAAAUGACUGCACGUAGAAGUGUGAAUGUAGGAAGACGUGUGGUUUCUGUGUGUUUUCUAAACUAGUACGCGGAUCAAAUGAUAAUUUCCUUGUUCAACAUUGCUGUACCAUAUAUUGUUUUCCAUACAGCUAAAACCGCAGUUUCCACUGGCAUUAAUUAUUUUAGCAGAGCAAGAAGGAUGAGCUCCUCGCUGCAGCGACAGUUGAGUCACCUUUUUGUAUUCUGGAAGUGGAAGAGGAGAGCGGAUGUUUGUCUCUUCCCAGCUGCUGGAUUUUUCUGCGGGAAAGCCUGGUCCACUUCAGUACAACCAGUAGAUCCGACUGAGUUCCACAAGAGGAAGCUGUUCUUAUGGUUCAGCCAUCUUCCCCAGGAAGAGAAGCAGUUUGGAGGAUUCUUUAGCCCAGAGACAAUGCAUGUGGAUCCACUAAUCUUGGAGAGGAAGCCAGAGGAAAGAGCCGGACUCCUUGGCUCCACCCUGAAAAAUCAGGAUUCCUCCAGCCCCUCCAUUACUGUGGAGCAGCUCUUUGAAAUCAGUGAAGACCAGCCUGAAGAUAGAGGACUCAACGUUCUGCUGUACGGGGCAGUGGGAACUGGUAAAAGCACAGUUGUCCGAAAGCUGGUGCUGGAUUGGUGCGCUGGGACCAUGCUGACUGACUUCAAACUGCUGAUUCCCUUUUCUUGUGAGGAUCUUGGCGAGCUAACAAAGGUUGCGUCUUUAAGAGACCUGGUCAGUAGGAAGUACCUCCAUUUGAAAAAAAACCCUCUGUUGAAUGGGGAGGGCAACCAGGCCAAAGACGUUCUCUUCUUAUUCAACGGGAUGGAAAAGAUGAAACUGGACUUCCGGAUUGGCUCCACAGAGCUUUGCAGUGACCCAAAUGAGCCGAUGCCUGCAGGUGCAGUGGUGGUCAACCUUCUCCGCAAGUACCUUCUCCCUGAGGCCAGUGUUUUAGUGACCACCAGGCUGUCUGCCUUGGAUCGCAUCCCUCCAAAAUAUGUGAGUCGCUAUGCACAGAUUUGUGGCUUCAAAGACCCGAACCGUCAGCGUGCCUACUUCACCAGCCGUCUCCUGCAGCAGAGUGGGGAAACUGUGCAGGCACAUAACGCUCAGGCUCUCAUAGAGCUGCUUUACCUCAAUCUCCAGAGGGAGAGCCAGCUGGCUGCAGCCUGCUUUCUGCCUUCUUACUGUUGGCUCACAUGUGCCACCUUGCACUUCCUGCAUUUCACUGACGCCAUGGCACCCAUCCGCACUCUGACUGGCAUAUAUACCAGUUUCCUCAGGCUCAACUUUGGUGGGGAGGUACUGGGCAAAACUACUGGAGCGAGUGGACCCACUCAGGAUCUCCACAGUUCUUUGAUGUUGUAUGUUAUCCGCACAGUUGGCAAACUAGCCUACGAAGGCGUGACAUACAAACGCACCUCAUUCUCAGAACAGGAGCUGGAGCAGUGGAUCGGAGGAAAAACCAAGACGGACGAGGAGUUACGUCAGCUGGCUGUCUUCAGGACUGAUGUGCUGGACUUUUUUCUCGCUCCCUGUGUUGAAAGUUGCAAGCAUUUACCCACAGAGCUUUGUGAACAUGAUGAGAGUCGAUAUGUAUUUGCUGUUCCAGCCAUGCAGGAGUACCUGGCGGCACUCUAUGUGGUUCUCGGGGAGAAUAGAUCUGCUCUGGAGAAGCUGACCGAGCAGGUGUCUGUUGCCAUUGGUCAGGCCACUGAGGACGUUAAUGCAGUUGUCAAUAUCUUUUCCAAGUUCAUUCCACUCAGAAUCUUUGCUGUGUUCAACUUACUCAAGCUUUUUCCAAAGUUUUAUGAGAAAAUCAGUACUCAAAACAAGGGAAACAUUGCCAGGACGAUGGCCACUGAGCUGUUCCGCAAGGAAGAUAGCUACAAUGAGGACGUUCUGGAUCAGGUUGAGCAAAGCCUCCUGGGAGUACAUGGUCCACCAUCACAACAACAAUCCGAGGUUCAGCCUUUUGAGCUCUACCCCAUCUUCAUGGGUGGACUCUUACAUUAUGGCAACAGAGUCGUCCUUCAGCAACUUGGAUGUAGCAUCCAGAGUGCCACUGUGGCUCAGAUCACACGAGCUCUUCGGAAAUACCUUGUUAGAGAAAUCAACAAGCCACAGCCACCUGAGGAGUUGAUGGAUCUGUUGGUCCUUCUGUAUGAGUUUCAAAAUCCCCGGCUAACUGCAGAAGUCCUGGCCUCCAUCCGAACCAUCCGCCUCCACAACAUACGCAUGACCUCACUCAAAUGCUUUGUUUUGAGUUCUGUGCUCUCAUGCGCCCCUCCGAGUUAUCAACUGGAAGAGUUGGACCUCUCCUCCUGCCUCCUAACUCGGGACAUGCUUCAGAUUCUGUCGCCUGCCUUUAGACACACUCGGAACCUCAAUCUGCAGUUUAAUAGCCUUGGUCCCGACUCCUGCAUCUUCCUGAGAGAUCUACUACUUGACUCCAAAAGUUGUGUUAGAGUGCUACAACUAUGUGACAACCCGCUGCUAGACUCUGGUGCGUGCGUUGUUUUGGAGGCCCUUCCGCAGAACCUGACCUUGAGGCAUCUCACCCUGAUGCACACCGGACUAGGGGAUCAAGGGGCCCUCGAGCUGGCUGAGAGACUUCAGCAGCACACUGGACUCCAGGAGCUCAACGUUGCCUAUAACAACAUCGGAGACAACGCUGCUCUGGCCCUAGUGGAUGUUUGCAGGGAACAUCCCAGCAUUCACACUGUGCAUUUGUACCUGAACCCUCUGAGUGAUGUUGGCAAGCAGUCCCUGUACGUCCGAGGCAUCGCCAAGAGCCAGAGCGGCAGUGGGCGGCGAGUCAGGGUCCUGGCAGCUGUCACUGAGGGAUCUGACCUCUCAGAUGACUGGCACCCCAUUCUCAGUGUGAUUCGCGAGAAUGCAUCAUCCUGGGACAGGGAACGUGUCAAACAGCAGCUGAAGGUGUUCCUCAGGGAUCUGGAGUGGGGACGUAAACAGCAACAGAGCCUCCUGAAAAAGCUUCACUUCCGAAGGGUGGAGAAAGGCGUCCGUCAGACGCUAAAGAUGUUGGAGAAAGACACGCCCCCCCCAUUUGCAUGAGCCAACAAGUCAACGGUAUAAAUUCAAUCAGGCUACUUUUCAACAUUUAUGAUGCACUUUCAAAGUCACCACUAGGUGCGGUCCUCCAGACGGGUGUGCGUGUCAUUAAUUUUUAGCUGACUGUGUCAAAAUGUGUGUGAACCCAAAAAAAUAAAAAAAAAUUUAAAAAAAUCAGCAGACAUUUACUGUAUAUUACUGCAAAUGGUAAUACAUUGCCUAAUCAUAAGAUGAAUAUUCCUAAAAGGAAAAUACUGUAUUACAAAAGCACAAGAAAGGAAAAUGUUAAAGAAAAUCAUAAUCAUUGGUUGGUUGCAUCUUUUACUUAUAUUGGGCAUUUUUACCUUUUUUGUUAAGAGUUACUCAACAUGCAUGAACGCAUUUUAAAAAGCUUAGAUUCUCCAAGUGCUUUUGAGAAAUGAUUUGCAUUUCAGCCUUUGCUACAACCGUUUAGAAAAGGUGGAAAGACUGGAUUGAAUCAGCAGCUCAAAGCUGUCAAAUUAAGUUGUUUAGCUACUUUUUCGGUGGAAGCGGGUUUUGGUAGCAGUAAAAAUGUGUUAAAUGUGUUGCUCAUGCCGCAGCUGCAGUAAGUCCGCUGUGAGUGUUGAGGAAGUGAAACGUGGCCACGCAGCAAAAAAAAAAUAUUUCUAUGGUAUGGUGUCAGGAGUCACAUGAUCCAGUUUUAAUUAUUAUGUUAACAUAUUGACAAAGUGAUGUUUAACUUGCACUUGCGUGUAAAAUGGAUUUCCAAGCGAGCUCAUUUUCAUAUGUGCUCUACAAUUUGCUUUUCUGCAGUCAUUCACUGCUGAUAUAAAGCUGCUGCUCAUACCCAAUUACCACUUCCUGGAUGUCAAAAUACAUCACAAAAUGGAAGGAGACAUCAGGAUUGAUGUGUAACUAAGCUAAGAAAUAUAGUUUUCCUAAGUACUUUUUGUUAAUGAAUAAUUUUAAAACAUGCUCCUGAUCAUGUAGAAUGGUGCAUUCGUCAUUCAGUAUUCUGGAGGAAGUUUGUCACCCACCUAAUUUUUUUUAAAAGUGACACAUUUUAUGCGUCUUUCCUGCCACUGUUUUUUGAUAUGAUUAUUUGUUAUUGCAGAAGAUGGAUUAACCAUGGUGCAGUGCUGCCUAAUUUAUUUGUAUUAGAUUUUAUUAUUAUUUUUUUUUCCAUUAUAGGGUGUGUCAUCUAAAGACACAGUAUUGUGAUGCAUGCCCUCUGCUGUGUCUGCUGGAAAAAGAACCAAUAAUUGUCUGUCUGUAGAAUUUCAAUUUCUGCCUUUGAAAUCUUAUGCCAUGAACAUUUUUGCCUUGUUAUUGUUGUAACAAUACAUUUUGUAAGAAUACUAAUCAAAUGCAGACAAUUGAAUCUUCCUAGCUCCUAAUAAAAA